GCAUCUAUAUAGCUAGGUUCAAUUGCUUAUUUUUGUUUAUUGGUUUGAUAAUUUAUUUUCUGAUCUUUGUUAUUCGUUUCAUAAGUCUAGGAAGAUCUUUAGUUCUUAAAUCUAAGAGUAAUCAUUGCAUUUCCAACUUCCACUGCUAUUAUCACCGUUACUAAAGGACCAUGUCGAUCCAAUUGCCAGUCAUGUUCUUCAAUAAAAAGAGCCACAAAAAGAAAUAAGCAAAAAAAAAGAAGGAAAAGAAUUAAAAACGAAGCGGUAAAAAGCCUACGGCAUCCCGGAUUCCCAUGUUGUCUCCAACCAUAGUACUAACGAGACCCUCAGACGCUUAACUGCAGUGAUCGGACGGGAACUGGUGUUUUCGCCUAGGUGUGGCCGUAGACACUCGCGAAAUCAUUAUCAAAUAUUCAUACGUUUUUUUAUAUUUUGGAAGUCGAAGAAAAAGCACAAUUAUGGUGUUGCCGAAAUCAUUAACAGAAAACAGAUGCUUUUCAAAAGCUGAGAAAAUAGCACUUUUAAAAGUCUUUUUGGUAGGAAAAACGUCAAAUUCAUACGAUGAGAAAUUUGAAUGCAAGUAUGAAUUAUAAUGCCACCCAAAAAUUGAAUGAGGUCAAACAGAAAUGAGCUUUCCGUAGAGGCAUUGCCGAUACGAUUAUUUAGUGCUUCUAGGAAAAACAGGAUAUUGAGACUGACAGCCCUUCACAUUCAAAUUAUCAUUCAAGAAACAUAGUUUUAUUUAGCUUAAAGAUAAUAGAUCUCAUGGUCUUCGUUUCCAGAGAUUAUAAACAAAUGGUUUUGGAAGUGCAGAGGAGCGAUUUCUACCUCAACUAAACGGAGCCUCAGUUUUGGCUGAACCAUCAGAAAAUAGCCUUGACCAUCGUUACAUUUCGUAUGUUUCAUCCUAAGACAUCGGAUCUAUUCAUUGAAUUUUCUCUGGAGCUUAUGUACAAUCUUCAUUGAUUCAAAGCUUUCGUUUUUCCUCGCUGCAACACUUCUUAGUCACAAUAUGAUGAUAAAGUUAUCAAACGAAACAGGGUAAAAUAUAACAAUUAUUGUACCAAAAAUUGAAACUUCUGAUAUUAAUAUUCAGAAUUUAGAAGUGAUUUCCUACGAGCGAAGCUUCGCGACCAUUUUCCAUCAUGGUAAACAAUGACUUUUGAUGCUGGUCAUCCAUUGCAUGAGAUGCAUGUGAAAAUAUAUCAGACACACGGUUCCGAGAAAGCAAAAAUAUUUUUAAAAGAUUUCUAUAAAUUUGAAGCUGUAUUUGAUGCUACAUCGGUACCAUUCACCAAAGCAUCAUACUUGACUCAAAAUUAUUUAUACCAUUCAGAUUUGACAAAAUCAUGGCUUCUGUUUUUAACUCUGAAAUUCUUGGAAAAGCUUCUUUGAUUUAGCCUUCGAUAACGAAGUUAUUGGAACUCCAUUCCUCAAGGUUUCGCCUUAAACCACAUAUGGCUUCAAAAGAAGGUGAAUUUCGGGUAGAAUGCAUCAAUAACGCACACUAUGUGACCCAUAUGUUUUGUAAAUACCCUUUGAAAUUACUCUCCGUGAACACAAAACUAGAUUUUGCAAUUCUUUAUAUUUUGAGCUAUGGGGGUGGACUUGUAUCGGGAGACCAAGUAGCGUUGAAAAUCGAUGUGGGAAAAGAUGCCACUUUGUGCAUUCAAACUCAGGGAAGUACCAAAGUUUACAAGGAAACCCGUGUAGGGAAAGUCACCCGUCAACAAAUGGACGUACACAUUGCAUCCAAUGCCACUUGUCUAUUGCUACAAGAUCCUGUACAACCGUUUGGGUUGAGUAAUUACAUGCAAACACAAAACUUUACGCUAGAGGACAGUACUUCAUCACUGGCAUUGUUAGAUUGGACGCUUCAGGGUCGCAGUCAUAUGGGAGAACGUUGGUCGAUGAAGUCUUAUAUCUCCAAAAAUAUAGUCAAAAGAGGAGUUGAAGAUAAGAGUAAAAUUUCAGUUCUUCUUCGAGAUACGUUGCAACUGAUUAAUGAACCAAGUCUUCAUAUUGGCAGUAAAGCAGAUCGUAUGAACAACUUUGAAUGUGUUGGAAGCCUUUAUCUUGUAGGACCAAAGUUCGAAGCAAUGAAAGAAGGAAUUUUAACUUAUUAUAGAAAUACGGAAAACCGUAUGGGGAAAACUAUCAGCGUACAUGAGCAGCCUAAUGCGUAUUGGACUGCCUGUGAGCUUCGUUCAGUUACCAUUAUUAAAUUUGCAUCUAAUUCAACAGAAAAGGCUCGAGAGUUUCUUCUUCAACUAUUUAGAGACUUUGCACCUGGUAUUCAUCGUGAAGCUCUUCGCGCUUUUUGGUGUUGAAUUCAAACGAAGAUUCUCUAGAGACCAUUCGUUUAUUAUUCAUGUCAUCCUUUCAAUGUUGACGAGAGAUAGGUUUUGCAGAUCUUAUGCUAAUAUUAUUCACCUAAUUAUUUUGCAAGUACCAUUCUUGCCUUACCAAUAAGGAAUUGAAAAUGUCUGUAUAGUUUUGAUUACCCA